CUUCUCUCCCUAGUCUUAGCAGCAGCAGUAACACCCUCCUUCUCCAAACCUCGCCGCUCCUGCAAAGAAUCCUCUUUCUCCCCAGCCUGGCCCUCCCAACAAACCUGGUCCGACCUCAACACCACCCUCUCCGGCUCCCUCCUCUCCCCCCUCCCUCCAGCCGCAGUCUGCGAUCCCAACCUCCAAAUUUACAACGCCUCCCUCUGCUCCAAAGUCGCAGCCGACUGGCAUUCUCCAGAAUUCUUUAACAAAGAUCCCGUCAGCGCUCAUCAACCUUUCUGGCAAAACGAUUCUUGCGUUCCGCCUGACCUCUUCGGUGGAAAUGCGACUUGUGAUCUUUGGCCUUUUUCUCAGUAUGUUAUUAACGCUACGAAGACGGAAGAUGUGGUGGAAGGGAUUAAGUUUGCGAGGAGAUGGAAUUUGAGGGUGGGAAUCAAGAAUUCGGGACAUGAUUUUUUGGGACGGUCUUCGACGCCCGAUUUCUCGAUUUAUAUGUAUAAUUUCAAAAAUAUCGAAGUUCUGGACGAUUUCGUCGUUGCGAAGUCUUCUGGCUCGGAUGAAAAGUCUGAGCCGCCGCCGCCGCCCGUGAAAGCGGUUAAAGCUGGAUCUGGAGUCAUUUUCUCGGAACUUUACAAAGUCGCGGAUGAGCAUGACUUUGUGGUGUCUGGAGGAAUUGAACCCAGUGUUGGGCUCGCAGGAUGGUUGACGUCUGGGGGACAUGGACCGGCGGGUGCGAUUGUGGGGUUGGGGGUUGAUAAUGUUUUGGAAAUGGAAAUUGUGCUUCCGAGUGGAGAGUUGGUGGUUGCGAAUGAGUGUGAGAAUCAGGAACUUUUCUGGGCUAUGAGGGGUGCUGGUUCUUCGACGUUCGGCGUCAUGAUUUCCGCGACUUUGAGGACGUAUCCUAUGUUUGACACGAAUACUUUCUCGCUGGCGUUUCAGUCGAUCGAUGGUUCGGAUAGGAGUCGAGGCGCUUUCUUCUCGCUUCUCGCAGAGCUUUUUGAAGUUCCAGACGGGUCGCUCGAAGGAUCGGGAUACUCUACUUUCGUUGCUGAUGGUGGACCUAUGAGUUUCAGCUUCGGUGGCUUUGGACAUAAUCGUUCGAAAGAGAGCCUUGAUGAGCUUCUUGCGCCUUUUAUUGCGAGGCUGAAUGCUACUCAGGGUGUCAAUGGAUCGUAUAGCUCUGCUCAUCUCGAGCGGGUCGCAGAUAUCAUGGGAAGCGUUGUGAUUCAGAGUGGUUACAAUUAUGUUAUGACUAGUCGAUUGUGGUCGCGGAAAGAGUUGCUGGAUCGAGAUGGUUUGAUCAAGACGUUUGAGAAGUUGAGCGGCAUCGGUGUUGGCGCAACAUUUGUUUCUGGUCCGGCGCUUCGAGAUCACAAGAAGACGUUGACGACUUCUGUGAGUCCGAGUUGGAGGGAUUCGUAUGUCAUAUUGACGGCCGGCCAGCAAUGGAACCCGAGAAAUUUCACUCGCCAAGCAGAGAUUUUGGAAAGCAAUACCAAUGUCUUUGGAAGAGCCAUACGAGAGCAUUCUCCAGGCAAAGGCACAUAUCUGAAUGAAGCCGAUCCGUACGAUCCUGAUUAUCCAGAAGUCUUUUGGGGCGAGCAUUACGAACGACUAUUGAAACUCAAGCACCGACUAGAUCCAGAAGGCGUUUUCUGGUGUCGUCCAUGUAUUGGGGGCGAGGAAUGGGAAGUUGAAGAGUCAACCGGACGUGUUUGUAGA